UAUAUGUAGGUAUCAUACAAAAGAUUAAAUAGUAUAUAAACACAUAUAUGAUUAAAUAUAAGGAGGUAUAAGCAUAUAUAUAGGAAGAAGAAAAGAAAAACAAUAGGACAGGAACGGUAGGCACGUUUGUGCGCUUAUGCACGCCCCUUAUGGUCCUCUUAGGAAUGGGGUGAGGUCAAUAGUAGAAAGUUUUUGGAUAAAACUUUUAGGAUUAUGGGAAGAGACCACAGAGUCAGGUAAAGUAUUCCAAGCACUGAUGAUUCUGUUACAGAAGUCAUAUUUUCUGCAAUCUAGAUUAAAGCGGUUGACAUUAAGUUUAAAUGUCUUUAGUUAGUCUUUAACAGGAAGGACAUUACAAUAGAUGAUUCUGUGAGUUAAGCUUAGGUCAUGUCGAAGGCGACGGAGUUCCAAGUUUUCUAAGCCUAGGAUUUCAAGUCUGGUGGGAUAAGGUAUUUUGUUGUAUUCAGAGGAAUGGAGAACUCUUCUUGUAAAAUAUUUCUGGACACGUUCAAUUGUAUUGCUUUUCAACCGUCUGUCGCUAGAUGGCGCUCUACAAAGCAGCAACACACGCGGCAGUGAAUAGAGUACAGCAGCGGCAUCGCUACUAUUAACAUUACACCGGAAAAAGAGAGGCCGAGCUAGAACGAACUGAAACGAUAGAGGUUUAGAUUGCUAGAGAAAACGUGGAAGAAAGGAGAUCACAGCAACUUCCUUUUCCGGCUCACCCAGUGCCGGAUAAUGGCGUCGGCCGAACCUCCUGUGCUGCUUGGAGGGUGGAAGCGGCUCCUGGGAGACAAAGAGAAUGCCAAGAAGAGCACUCUGGACAACAGAGAAUGAGAAACAGCUUUAAAAUGGAAAACAAACCAUCAAUCAACAUUUCCCCCCAUUUCCUCCAGAAAGUUUAAAACUCUUCCCCUUCCUCAGCCGACGACACACAACGGAGAAUAUUAUGAGAACAAAGCUUUCAUCUGGAAAAAAAUAAUGUUUGGAAUCCAAAGAAACAUUACAUGAGAAGUCAAGGAGGAUAAUUUCUAAAUAAAGAACACCUGGAAGUCAGUGGAAAUAAAAAGGUUCCAUGGAUAGCCAAAACUGGCAGGCAUUAAUGAAAGACUUUGUGGAAGGAAAGAGUAGGUUGAAUCAAAGAACCACUAGCUAAGAGAUCGGCAAUAAUGCUGACCUCCUCAAGAAUCCAAGAAUAUCAGUGUUAAAAAAUCCCCACAAACUGCCUAUUGUGGGAAAAACACAGAUUGCAGAUCGCAUCUGAUUGAUACAUAAAUCAAACAAUCCCAUGAAAAGCCAUACAGAUGUUUGGGGUGCAUCAGAAGCUUUACUCAGAACAGGUCUCUCGUGAUUCGUGGAAGAACCAAUACUGAAGAGAAACUCUACCAAUGCUCCCAUUGUGACAAAAGAUUUAACAUGCAUACCAAUCUGGUAAUACACACUGGGGAGAAACCUUAUGAGUGUCUGUAUUGUGGGAAAAGUUUCUGUCGGAAUUCCCAGCUGGUGACACACCAGAGGACUCACACAGGAGAAAAACUAUAUGAGUGUCCGGAUUGUGGGAAAAGUUUCUGUCAGAAUUCCAAUCUAGUGAGACACCAGAGGACUCACACAGGAGAGAAACCAUAUGAGUGUCUAGACUGUGGGAAAACAUUCAGUCAGAAUACCAGCCUAGUGAGACACCAGAGGACUCACACAGGAGAGAAACCAUAUGAGUGUCUAGACUGUGGGAAAACAUUCAGUCAGAAUACCAGCCUAGUGAGACACCAGAGGACUCACACAGGAGAGAAACCAUAUGAGUGUCUGUAUUGUGGGAAAAGUUUAUCUCAGUAUUCCCAGCUGGUGGAACACCAGAUGACUCACACAGGAGAGAAACCUUAUGAGUGUCUGUAUUGUGGGAGAAGUUUCUGUCGGAAUUCCCAGUUGGUGAUACACCAGAGGACUCACACAGGAGAGAAAUCAUGUGAAUGUCCGGAUUGUGGGAAAAGUUUCUGUCAGAAUUCUCGGCUGGUGGAACACCAGAGGACUCACACAGGAGAGAACCCGUAUGAGUGUCUGUAUUGUGGGAAAAGUUUCCGUCGGAAUUCCAACCUAGUGAGACACCAGAGGACUCACACAGGAGAGAAACCAUAUGAGUGUCUAGAUUGUGGGAAAACGUUCAGUCAGAAUACCAGUCUGGUGGAACACCAGAUGAUUCACACAGGAGAGAAACCAUAUGAGUGUCUAGAUUGUGGGAAAAGUUUCCGUCGGAAUUCCAACCUAGUGAUACACCAGAGGACUCACACAGGAGAGAAACCAUAUGAGUGUCUGUAUUGUGGGAAAAGUUUCCGUUGGAAUUCCAACCUAGUGAGACACCAGAGGACUCACACAGGAGAGAAACCAUAUGAGUGUCCGGAUUGUGGGAAAAGUUUCUGUCAGAAUUCCCAGCUGGUGGAACACCAGAGGACUCACACAGGAGAGAAACCAUAUGAGUGUCUAGAUUGUGGGAAAACGUUCAGUCAGAAUUCCAACCUAGUGACACACCAGAGGACUCACACAGGAGAAAAACCAUAUGAGUGUCAGGGUUGUGGGAAGACUUUCAACCAAAAUUACAAGUUGGUGAUACACCAGAGGAUUCACACCGGAGAAAAACUAUAUGAGUGUCUGGAUUGUGGGAAAAAUUUCAGUGGGAAUUAUUACCUGGUGAUACACCAGAGGAAUCACACAGGAGAAAAACCGCAUAAAUGUCCAGAUUGUGGGAAAAGUUUCAAUUGGAAUUCCGAACUUGUGGUGCACCAGAGGAUUCACACAGGAGAGAAACCAUAUAAGUGUCCAGAUUGCGGGAAAGGUUUCCAUCGAAAUUCCGAUUUGGUGAAACACAAAAGGACUCACACAGGAGAGAAACCAUUUCAGUGUCUGGUUUGUGGGAAAAGAUUCAGUCACAGUUCCACCCUGGUGAUACAUAAGAGGACUCACACAGCAGAAAAACCGUAUGAGUGUCCAGAUUGCGGAAAAGAUUUCAGUUGUAGGUCUAGCCUUAUAACUCAUGUAAGGUUGCACAUAGGAGAGUAACCAUUAAAAUGCCAAAUUGUAGACAGUGUUUUGCACAAAACUCCUUCCUAAUGACAGAAGAAAUUCUACAUCAGGAAAAAAUUGAUCUGUUUAGAGGAAUCUUGAAUUUCGUUUCUUGUCUCUUUCUGAAAGCCCAGCUAAGAAGUUGAUAAUUUAAUUUCCCGCAUGGUUUUUCUUACUCAAGCAUGUCUUAUUAUUAAACAUGAGGAAGGAGAUCUGAGCUUCCUUAGUUUGGCCCAGUGCGGUCAUUCCCUUCCACGGACUCAAGGGGAACUGCCGUUGCUGGGUCAGAGAAAGCCAGUUUGGAUUUUUAUUAGGUAUGUUUCAUGCCUUGAGUUAUUUCUACAUAUAAUAAAGGGGAUAAUAUAAACUUGUAUGUAUUUUUACUUAGCAUCUUAUGGCAGCUGAACUCAUGGUGACUGCACAAUAAAACCUUAAUACAGAAAUCAAUCAACCCCAUCUAUAUAUUUCAAAUGGCAAAAUGCAAAGGUUCCACAUUUGACAUAUACUUGCCCUGCAAAUACAGGGCAUGUCUAGGAAGGUUGAUGACAUUUGGAUGGUCAAGAAAUCCCAAAAACAUCAAUACGGGCAAUUACGUGCUAGAUGGAAGGAAGAUCAGAAAAUUGGUAUAGUCCAGAAUGAGGAAAAUUUGGUAAAGCAAAUUAGAAAUCAAUCUCAGGAGCAUAUAAAGAGAUUGUAUAAUGUGUUACUUGAAAUAGACUCUGAAAGGGAUUUGGUAAAGGACUGUAUGAUAAAGUGGGCACAAAAUUUUCAGGAGCCAAUAGUACUGGAAAUUUGGGAAAAAAUUUGGGUUAGAAAUGUUAAAUUUACGCAGGCACAGAAUUUAAGGGAAAGUUUUUAUAAAAUGUUUUACAGAUGGCAUUUUGAUCCUAGGAAAUUAUUGUGUAUGUAUCCAGAUAUGCAAGCAAAAUGUUGGAGAUGUAACUGUGAUGAAGCUACAUAUUUUCAUAUUUGGUGGACUUGUAAGAAUAUUAAGGCUUUUUGGAUAAAAAUUUGGUGGAUUCUACAAAAUGUUCUGAAAAAGAAGAUAAAGUUCCUGCUGCAAUUUUUUCUGCUGGGAAUUAUCACGGACUGUUCAGUAAUUGAGGCUAAGCUGAUUUUAAAUCUAAUAACAGCAGCAAGAUUACUGAUAGGACAGUAUUGGAAGAAAAAAGAAGUACCUACAAUAGGAGAAUGGAUAUUGAAAGUUGCCAAUUUGGCUGAGAUGGCAAAAAUCUCAGCCUUUUUGAAAGACAAUACGCAUGAAAGAUAUUUAAAUGAGUGGAAAAAAUGGAUUGACUAUAUUCAAAACAUAUCAGACUAAGAGUUAUCAGACUGCCUUUGAAUGAUUAGGAUGUAUUAUUUUUUAUUGUUUUGGGGGAGGUUAGGAAUUGAUGAGAACUGUAGGAGUAUAAUUGAGUUAGGAGGGAAAUUUUUUUAGCAUAUGUUUGUUUUAUUUUUAACUAUACCUUGUGUUUGUUCUGGGA